UCGGGAAGCGGAGGAGCACGGAGGAUGGUGCGAGGUCGGGGGCCUCGGCGCCACAGGGGUUAUCAGAUCUGGGAUAAAAGUCUUCACUGAAGGCGGGGACGCAGCAGGGGGCAGGGAGUGGCGGUAAGCAAAGGAAGGAAGUCGCUGGGGAUCUGCAGGACUUAACAGGGAACCGCAUUAGCAGACGCCAGGGUGCGGAAGGAACAGGGCCUUGAUGGCUGCAGACUGGGCGGGACUGACGGAAACUGGAAAGGAUUCUUACCUUGGGCUCCACAGGGCUCCUUCCACAUCCGCAAAGGCUUUCUCCCUCUCUCCUCCAGCUCCUACCUCAGCCAUGUUUUUCACCUGUGGCCCAAAUGAGGCCAUGGUAGUGUCUGGUUUCUGCCGGAGUCCCCCUGUCAUGGUGGCUGGAGGGCGUGUCUUUGUACUGCCCUGCAUCCAGCAAAUCCAGAGGAUCUCUCUCAACACACUGACCCUCAAUGUCAAGAGUGAAAAGGUUUACACUCGUCAUGGGGUCCCCAUCUCAGUCACUGGCAUUGCCCAGGUGAAAAUCCAGGGGCAGAACAAGGAGAUGUUGGCAGCCGCCUGCCAGAUGUUCCUGGGGAAGACGGAGGCUGAGAUCGCCCACAUUGCACUAGAGACAUUGGAGGGCCACCAGAGGGCUAUUAUGGCCCACAUGACUGUGGAGGAAAUCUAUAAGGACAGGCAGAAAUUCUCAGAGCAAGUUUUCAAAGUGGCCUCCUCAGACCUGGUCAACAUGGGCAUCAGUGUGGUUAGUUACACCCUGAAGGACAUUCACGACGAUCAGGACUAUUUGCACUCCUUAGGGAAGGCUCGAACAGCUCAAGUCCAAAAAGAUGCUCGGAUUGGGGAAGCGGAGGCCAAGAGAGACGCUGGAAUCCGGGAGGCCAAAGCCAAGCAGGAAAAGGUGUCUGCUCAGUACCUGAGUGAGAUUGAGAUGGCCAAGGCGCAGAGGGACUAUGAGCUGAAGAAGGCCGCAUAUGACAUCGAGGUCAACACCCGCCGAGCACAGGCUGACCUGGCCUAUCAGCUUCAGGUGGCCAAGACUAAGCAGCAGAUAGAGGAGCAGCGUGUGCAGGUACAGGUGGUGGAGCGUGCCCAGCAGGUGGCAGUGCAGGAGCAGGAGAUCGCCCGCCGUGAGAAGGAGCUGGAGGCCAGAGUUGUGAAGCCUGCAGAAGCAGAGCGCUACAAGCUGGAGCGCUUGGCGGAGGCAGAAAAGUCCCAGCUGAUUAUGCAGGCAGAGGCAGAAGCUGAAUCUGUGCGGGUGCGUGGAGAAGCUGAGGCCUUUGCCAUAGCGGCCCGGGCCCGGGCUGAGGCUGAGCAGAUGGUCAAGAAGGCGGAGGCGUUCCAGCUGUACCAGGAGGCUGCUCAGCUGGACAUGCUGCUGGAGAAGCUGCCCCAGGUGGCAGAGGAGAUCAGUGGUCCCUUGACCUCGGCCAAUAAGAUCACACUGGUAUCCAGUGGAAGUGGGGCUGUGGGGGCAGCCAAAGUGACAGGAGAAGUACUGGACAUCCUGAGCCGCCUGCCAGAGAAUGUGGAGAGACUCACUGGCAUCAGCAUCUCCCAGGUGAACCACAAGCCUUUGCGAACAGCCUGAGCCCCCAACCUUCACCGAUGCCUCACUUCAUGGCUCAAGUUGCUGAAACGGCCCCCAUGUUGCAUGCACUUCAGCUGGCCUCCCUGCGCAUGUCCUUUUACAGUGGGGUUCCAUCCGUAUCUCAAUACCUGUACCUUGCCUUGGAGGGGAUGGGUGGCUUCCCUUCCUAACCCCACACUGCCAACCCAGGGGUCCCAUCCAGCCUUGAUUCUUCUACCCUCCCCAGUUUAACUUCAUAAUUUGACUGUCUGAGCUUGUUUCUUAGAACUCUUUCCUGACCAAGACUGAGAGAUGGCCUGGAGUUUCUCAGCUUUGUCAAAUAAAUUGCUAUUAAAUACUG